AAUUUUGCAAAAUCAUUUUAAAUUAUUCUUUUAUAUAUAAUGAGCACACUACAUGAAUAUUUCCUGAAAAUCUAUACUAUUUUUAAUAGAAAUCAAAUUUAAAGUUUGAAUUUUUAGAACCGCGCCAAAAACGCUAUUCCUGUGAUGGCGCCGGCAGAUGACGUCUGUGACGUCACGCGCCAGUAAACACGAUUACGAGCUGUCAGCCGAAGUUAAUUUCUGUGCUUGAUUUUGCUAUAAAAUCAUAGAUAAAAUGGUCUAUAAAUGGUGUGUAGUGCCAAAAUGUACGAAUACGUCUAUAAAUAGUCCACAAACAUUGUUUGUUUCUGUUCCAACCGAUUGUAAAAGACGAAAAAAGUGGUUACUAUUAGCUCGGAGAGACCCAAAGGGCAUUUCAUCGACUUCAAAUGUAUUUAUGUGUGAAGAUCACUUCGAUGUAAGUAUAAAUUGAAUAUGUUAUCUACUAGGUAGCUUAAAUUACCGCUUUUUUUAAGAUUGAAAUAAUAUAUAACUAUCUAUAACCUCAAAUGUAUCUUUGGUUAUGUUGAGGAUAAGUCAGUGUUGAGGAUCAAAGAUCCUGUUUAUUAACCCUAAACUUAUUACUCUGUAGGGUUUCAAAAUGUUUUCUGUUGUUGUGAUUAUAUUAGCUACCUACAUAUCUCAAUAAUUUUCUAUGCUGUGUCAUUUUACCUACUUUGCUUAUUAGAUAGUGAUAGUUAUGUUGAAUUGCAGAUGGAAAAAGACACCAUUAACUACAUGCAGUACAAAAUGGGUUUCAGAAAGAAGAUACUUUUGACAGAAGAUGCUGUGCCAACAAAAUUUCAUUGUCAAGAAGAUCGUAAAAGACCACUGUCUGAUGCUGGACUUUCUCGAGGAGCAUAUGUCAAGAGGAAAAGAAUGGAUUUGGUCAACACAUGUUUGCAAAGUCAAAAUGCUACUGAAGCCCAAGCUGAAAGCUUACAAAAAGAUGAGAGUUUGAUACAAGACAUUAUUGAACCUCAAGGUUUAUCAAGAACUCAAGACAGAGAAACUAUUACCAACUCUAUCAUAACUGCAGAAAAAUCUGUGCAAGUAAUAAUAAAAGAGAAUGUGCAUCAUAGGAGCAAAUCUGUGCAAACAAGAUGCCAGACUACAAGUAUUUCUACCUCACCAAUGAAAGUUUCUACAACAUCUCGUUCCACUUCGCCCUUUAAGAUUAAACCAUGCAGUCUUCGACCAUCACAGUCUGAAAUUGUCAAAGCAGUCAAGAGAAAUGUUUUUCUUGAAGAUGAAAAGUCAGAUAGUGAUAUUUCCUGUAUUGAAAGUGGUCGUCAUUUAUCACCUUUUGUAACUAAAUCAGCAUCAUCAUCAUCAGGGCUUACGGACUCUGAUAGUAAUGUUACAGAUGCCAAUGAGAAUAUUGAAAAAUUAGAGUGCCUCAAAAUUACUAUGCGUUCAAUCUCUAAAAAACCAAUGAUGUAUGUUGGUAUUCCAAAAGAAUGUUAUUUCUUAAUCAAAUUGUUACAUAAACACACAAGCAUAAAAGUAGAACACAUUUUGCUAUGCUUGAAAAAGAUUAGAAUGAACAGUACAUUUUCUGAACUGGAGGAUAAUUUUGGAAUAUCAUUAUCUUAUGCUAGUAAAUUGUUUCUACAAAAUAUACCAAUAAUAGCUAGUGUUUUAAGACCAUUCAUUGUAAAUAUAGAUAAAAAAUUGGUAAAAAAAAAUCUUCCUAUUUCAUUUAGACAUAACUAUCAUAAUGUCAGUUGCAUCAUAGAUUGUUUAGAGAUUGAUAUACAAAAACCAUCAAAGGCUCUUCAUCAGUCAUUGACGUGGUCAGAGUACAAAAAGGGGAAUACUGUGAAGUAUUUAGUAUCCUGCACACCUAAUGGGUUAGUUAAUUAUGUUUCGCAUGGGAUUGGGGGCAGAACCAGCGAUGCCACAAUAGUAGAAAAUUGUAACUUUCUAGAUGGAUUACCUCAAGGAUCCUGUUGCUUAGCUGACAGAGGCUUCAAACACCUUGAACAAAUACUUCAUGAAAAGGGACUAAAACUAUUAAGACCACCCAGUGUAAAUGCUGGUGCAAAGUUGUCAAAAACUGAAGUUCGACAAACUAAAAUAAUAGCUAGUUUGCGGAUUCAUAUUGAAAGGGUAAUAAGGCGUUUGAGAGAAUUUCAUAUUUUAAAGCAACAUUCAGUGAUAAAUACUAACAUACGUCGUGUACUUGAUCAUGUCAUUAUAAUUGCAUGUGCUCUAAUAAAUUUGCAAGAUUCUCUUAUUAAAUAA